UUGUUUUGGCCAGGCGUCGGCAUCCCCCUGGCCCCACCAGCGAGGCGGAGGUGAGGCGCCCAGAAGGUCGCCAAGCCUUCCUUGUGGUCCUCCAUCACAUCAUUCCCGUUCUAGGACGGAAGAAUCCAUUCCAAGGCAUUCAGAAAGCCCCACAAACCAAAAGAGGUGGAGGCAGGGAAAGAAGCCCCCUUUCCCCUAAGAAAACCCUGGCUCAUUCCCAAAUACAGAGCCUGGAGGGAAGAAGGGCUUGCUUGAAGCACCCCACUCUUAUUUCUUGGUCUCUAUCACCCUAUAUAAUCUGUUGCAGGAUGCACCCAGAGUGAGAUCAUUGCUUUGCAGAGCGCUCUGGAGUGGGGUGGGUUAAAAGACAAGGGGGGAAAUCAACAUCAUCCCAAUCUAGGGGGAAGAAAUAUUGCUGCCUGGCUCUCAGGCCUUGUUUGCUGCCACUGGAGAACAUCCCAUAGGGAUUGGAUUGAGGGGGUAUUUAAUUUUCCCUGGACCCCAUCCGAAAGGGAUAAUACAGUGUGGGUGAAAGCCUUUUCGCUCACCCCCUUCCUAUUGCUUGCGUGGGGUUCUCAAAGCUAUUAACUCAGCUUCCUUGGGCCCUGCCAGGGCCAUUCUUUCUGCCAGCUGGCAGCAGGAGAAUAAAGCAAAUUUCCGCCAGCCAUAGUUUUUACAGCUGCUUCAAGCAGUUAACAAGUGCAGGGAGGUUGGGACCAGAUGCUUAGUGGGGUCACCAUAGAAUUGGCCUGAGCAAGAUGCAAAGGGCAAAUGGGAACUGAACAAGGCUUACCUAUUGAACGCUGCCAGAUAUUUGUGUCGGAGAGAUUCAUGCCUUAAGGCAAAGGACCACCAGGCUCUUUGGAUAUUUUUUUUUUGUUUUUGAAAAGGUGGAGUCUGCUUUUUUCCCUCCCUCUUGGAGAAACAAAGGAUCUAUUUUCCCUGUUGUUGUUUCUAAGGAACCAGAGCUUUGGGAUUUUCUGGCAAAUUUAGGUUUGGAUCCCUUCUUACCAACCAGAAGAGCGGAAGCAGUGAUACAGGACAGAGUGGCACAAUGACUCAUUUGCAGGCAGGCCUCUCUCCAGAGACGCUGGAAAAAGCCCGGUUGGAAUUGAAUGAAAACCCAGACACUUUGCACCAGGACAUCCAGGAGGUACGGGACAUGGUGAUCACUCGGCCAGACAUUGGCUUUCUGCGCACGGACGAUGCCUUCAUCCUCCGUUUCCUUCGGGCUAGAAAGUUCCAGCACUUUGAGGCCUUCCGCUUGCUGGCCCAGUACUUUGAGUACCGUCAGCAGAACCUGGAUAUGUUCAAGAGCUUCAAAGCCACCGACCCAGGCAUCAAGCAGGCACUCAAGGAUGGCUUCCCCGGAGGGCUGGCCAACCUUGACCAUUACGGCAGGAAGAUUCUGGUCCUCUUUGCUGCCAACUGGGAUCAAAGCAGGUACACACUGGUAGAUAUUUUGCGCGCCAUACUUCUUUCCUUGGAAGCCAUGAUAGAGGAUCCAGAACUUCAAGUAAAUGGAUUUGUUUUGAUUAUAGACUGGAGCAACUUCACUUUCAAACAGGCUUCUAAACUGACACCAAGUAUGCUUCGAUUAGCCAUUGAAGGACUUCAGGACAGUUUUCCGGCUCGCUUUGGAGGAAUUCAUUUUGUCAAUCAACCGUGGUACAUCCAUGCCCUCUACACAGUGAUACGGCCCUUUUUAAAGGAAAAGACAAGGAAAAGGAUAUUUCUCCAUGGAAAUAACCUCAACAGUCUGCACCAGCUUAUUCAUCCUGAGAUUCUGCCUUCUGAAUUUGGAGGAAUGCUGCCCCCUUACGAUAUGGGUACAUGGGCACGAACACUGCUAGAUCAUGAAUAUGAUGAUGACAGUGAAUAUAAUGUGGAUUCCUACAACACUUGUGCAAAAGAAGUUGAAAAGGACCUAUCUCCCAAAUCCAUGAAGAGGUCUCAGUCCGUUGUGGACCCUGGAGUGUUAAAGCGUGUGGAUAAAAGUGAAGAGGAAAACAUGCAGCCAUUGCUUUCACUUGACUAACAAUGCCUGAGCAUCAAACAUGAAUUGGGGUGGAAGGUAUUGCCUUUCAGCAACAAGCAAACCAUUGGGAGAAAAUCAGAACCAGCUGGAGUUCUAUUUUCAUGUUAAUGUAGCAUAAUGUAAUGAGGCAGCAGGUUUUGCCAGUCAUCCUGGAACAUGGGUGCCCUGAGCUGGAAAACAGGGUGGGGAUAAUGGAAAGAUAUCAGUAAUAUAUUCUGUAAGUGCCAACCUGUUUGUAAAUAGAGUCUGUUCCUUCUCUCUGCAUUUGUAAGUAAGGGUAGGGAUGUAGUGUGGGGGGAAAAUAGAGUGACUAUUAAAAUAUGCCAGUUGAAUGCACUGUAAAAGAACAGAUAGUACUCAGAUAAAAACAAACAAGAACAUGUAAGUAAAUUUCAUCCUUUUUAUACAAAGCUAUAUGACAGUUUUCAUACUUUCCAUAGUUUUCAUUUAACAACAGAAUGCAGAAUCCUAUAGACAUUGUAUAUGGUGUGAUGUUUCCAGUCUGAUAAAAUGAUAUUUCAUAGACAUUGCUAUGGUUUGCAAUUUGCAUUAUUUUUUUUGUAAAGAACAUUUUAGUAGCAGGAAGCUGAGCACCAUCCCUAGGUUUAUGAGAUAUAUCUAAUUUUUAAUAUGUUCACACCAACUGUGGAUUCCAGUACUCUCUGGGUCCUGACCAAUUAGCUGGGCUUCAAAAUGUCUGCCUCACACUUUGUUCAUGUCUCAGAACUUUCCUCCUUGUAUGGAACAUACUCAGUAAUGCCCUGCUAUUAAUUCAUAAUACUUAGCAGCAACAGACUGAUGCAUCAUUUCUAAAACUUCUGAAACUGAAGUCUGAAUACAUAUCUUUAUAUUUUUACCAGUCUCUACGUAUAAAGUGUCAAUGGUAGAUGAGUAUAUUUAAUCAAGGAUUUAUAAAAACAAAAAAAUCAUACCUAUUUGGUGUGCCUAGAGUUUAUUAUAGAUUGUAUAUUAAGACAAUGUCGUUGUUAUCAUAGUAAAUGAUUUAAGUACAGCACCCUACUUCAGGCAAAAAUUGAUUAUUGUUAAGUAUGUAGUACAAUGCCAUGUUGAGGUCACUUUUUUUGUUUUGUGAUGUAAAUGUGUAGAUGAAAUAUGUGCCAUAUUAGACAUGGAAUACAUUUUUACCUCAAAAGACCAAACUGUCUCCAAAGUGGACUGUACAUGGUCAGCUGUAGUUUAGGGGAUAUGUUUUCAUCUUUGAUGUGUGCUGAUAUGCAUGACUAUUUCUGCUGAACAUCAAGGCAAGAAUGUGUCCUACAACUGUCCAAACCUCUUUCAUCAGGAUUUAAUAUUCCAUUUGAACAGAAAUAACAAGUACUCUUGCUUGUAAUAACCAAAAUUGAAUGUCUGAACUUUUAAGGUCUCUGAAGAAAUGUAUCAGAAUCAGUUCAGGGAUAUUUGUGAUAAUUAGGACCAGAAUUGUAUUGGCAUCCUACAGCCUAUUGAAAAUCUUCAGAGACUUUCAAUUUCAAGAAGGGAGAAUGACUUGCUUAUUUUCAUCACAUCCCUACCAUCCAGAGAUUUAUGAGUCUUGAAAAAAGAGGUCUCAUUUUGUUCCUGCACUGUCCUUGUAGAAUUUACUUGUUCAUUCUCGCCAGUCAUCAUAAGGUUCAACACUAUUCUGCCCUGAAAAACACCAAACUUUUGUCAUUUUGGAAGCUAAACAAGGUUGGAUCUAGUUAGUGAUUGUGUAGGACACCAUCAGGAAACCCUCGGGUAGGACUUGGAAAAAAUCAUAGCUGAAAUCCUGGAGAGCUAUUGCUGCCUGUCAGACUUGAUAAUUGAGUCUGACUCCAGUAUAAGGUAGUUCUCUAGAUUUCUGUGUGCUAUUACUGUUUACCACAGCUGAAUUUUAUGGUAAUAUGGGGCUGUGGUGUCACAAAGACCAUGUUAUAUGUGCCUGAAUGCUAAUUUGAGAGAUUCUUAUUUAAUCUUAAUUCCUCUUUCUCUAGUUUCCAUUUUGUCAGUUGCGUCCUUUGAGGGCUAGAACAUUCACUUGGUUACAUUAUUAAACUAUUCAUCAUUCUAGUAGCAAUGGGCUAUUACAUACAGUGUCACUCAGAUAGACUUCUGCUUGUGAGUGUGAUUCUACCUCUUUCCCACAUAGCAUCACCAGAUCUGCUCUGGAAGAUCUCCUAAGCUGAGGAGCAUGCAUGAAACUGCAAAGCAGAAGGAGAAUCUACUCCACUGCUUGGAGAUAGUAGCUUACAACUACAAAUUAUUGUGAAGAACCAAUUAUAUGUCAAAACAGAAAGACUUUAGAGUUAGGAAAAAUGCAACCAUGGGAACACCAACCCAAACUGUAAAAUUGUUGUCAGGGAUAGCUUUUAAUUGGGAAUAAUACCCAAAGAUUUUGAGUUAAAAAAUGAUUACCUCUUGGAUGAUGAAUUGUGUUCCUGUGGCUUCCCUUAGGCUGUUUUAUAGCAUUUCCUGCAACAGGUACUAUUAGACGAUCUAAGCUUUUUGUGGCACACUUGUAUGAUACAUGCUUUCACGCGCACCAACUUUACAUUCAUACUGCACGUUAGUGAGUAUGCAUUAAAAAGAAAAUCCAUGCAAAUAGGAUGGGGCUAUGAACAUUUCAUGUUAUUAGCUCUUGAUGGAUAAUAACCAGCCUCAGCAUGUUGCUAGAAAUACAGCUGAAGCCCUUUCAUCCACAAUAAUACAAAUACUGCAUGUAUCUAACUUAGUAUGUGUGACUCACAGGACUGAUGAAGAAGUGAUUUCAAUAAAUAUUUGCUAUUUUACACUAAAAAUCCCUAAAGCUUAGAAGUCUUCAAUACAGUGCUACUCUUUCAGCAUGGUAUCAUUAGGAUGAGAAUGCUGUGGGACAUUUGGAAUCUUUAUGCCAUAAAUCAACAGGGUAGUGAAAUUUGGGGGUGCUAUUAUCUAUUUGAAUAAGUUGUCACAUACUUUUGACUUUAUAAUGGAUUAACAUAAUUUAGAUGCAACCGUUUUCACCACCAGCAAUAGUAACAGUAGAAAUGACAAAAUGCUGAGCUAUGCACAUAUAUUAAAUUUGGCCCUUUUCCUAUCUAUGUGAUGGAAGAAAAACACAAGAGCUGAAAAUAUCCUUAUAUAACCACCACCUAUAAAGAUAAAUGUUUCGUAGCCUUUCUAGAGUGGAUUGCCAACAUGCAUAUUUCAUGCCUGGGAAAUUAUAAUUGCCAAAUGAAUGCCAAAUAAGGUGUUAUGUUGUGGCAAAUCAGAACUGGAUUGUGUUGAUUGGAUUAAAGAGUAGUGGAUGAAUGUUCCUUCUGUUGGUCCUUGGGGAAAAGGGUGGGUGGUGUGUUAGAAAGUUUGGCUAGGUAACCUUUUAAUCCUUUCAAACUGUCAUAUGGAAGCUGUCAUGCCCACAUGGACAUCGAGCUCCAAGAACUCUUCAUUAAUUCUUCACAAAACAGGCAUGUUUUGAACUGUCACAUUAAUUUUGUCUUCAUGCUGCUAGACUGGCUGAGCUACAUUUGAAGGACCUGGCUGAGUGGGAGAGUGGACUCUCUCCACAAAUAGCUGGAAGAGCUAUCCUUUCAGUAGGACAGUAUGUAUAUUAAUGCUCCAUCCCUUUACUUUUUAAUAUUUGUUCAUCUGCAAAUUGGAAAGAAAUUUUCACUUGCUAAGUACAGAACUCAAUUCUCUAUAUCACUAAGGCUUGCCCCACUCAUAAUCCCAAAUGUGUGCAAUCUAGGUAAAAUAAAUCAGAGGCUUGGUUUGGCAAUGUUGCUUAUUGGACUAUUGGCCACAGAAAAGCAGAGGCCAAGCUGUGAGUCAAGGUUUUCUUGGUUGGAUGACUCUAAUUCAUAACAAUGAAAGAUUGGGGAUUUUCCCCUAAGUAGUGUCAGAACUAAUUUUUCUGAUGUUAACAUGUUCCUUAUUUAAAUUUCAGUAAAGUCAGUAGUGAUUAACCAUGGCUGACAGUUUCCAAAUAUCUGGAGACAGAGCCAUGGCUCACAUGGCUUUACUAAUUUCACUUUACAAAAACUGAGAGCUUGUGUCCCUCUAUUUCAUUUAAAUACCUUUGUAAAAGUCAUUGUUCUUAGAACCUUUAUUAAACUCUGUGAAAGAAAAAUCA